AGCAACCGGCGGCAGCCAUGACGGAGAAGAGGAAGAGGCGGAGCUCCGAGCUCAAGCGGAGAGGUGGCUGCCUGCUCAGGAAUUGCUGGAAAAAUGAAAGGUAUUACUGAAGAUCACCUGUACCUGGACUACUUUAACCAGAAUGAAGAUUGUGUCUUACCUCUCCACACAUCUAUAUCCUUGUUUCUGUUGUCAUACUGUGACUGCAAGACAUUCAGAGUUUUUUUAGUACUUCCAGGAGAAAUAACUUCAGAUGCCCAGCUUAGAGACAAAGCACUCCCCAAGGAUCUGGAUAUUUGCUUCAUCAAAAGAUGUCAACUUCCUUUGGUGGUCCAGAGCUGCUGCUUACCUGCUGUUGUUGAGAAGAAUGGAAGAUUUUGUCGAGCAGGACUUGCUGUGGUAUUGAGGCACAUAGUACAUAAAGUGUAUGAGGCAGAUCCAGCAAAGGAGGAAAUUUUGAAACUCUUGGGCUUUAAAAAGACCUGCUUGAAGGCUUGUGCUGAAGUCAGUGAAUGGACAAGACUAUGUGAAAUCAGCAUUCCUCUGGCAGUUGAAAACUUUCUCAGAGUGUCUCCUGAUCAGCAUCCGAGUAUUCCAGAGGAGAUAUUUCAGUUUGAAAAGAAGUUGGGAGAACCUGUAAGAGUGCAUAAUGAUGACAAAAUUCGAAGACAGAAAGUUCAACAGCAAAAGACAUUUGUCAAGAAAGCAAGUAAAGAUGUUUCCUCACAAGAGAGAGGAUUAGCAGAAAAUGUGGGCUCCUCUCCUAUGGAACUGGAACUGAGUUUAGCUUUGUCUAUGUUAACUGUGCAGAAAAUACCAGUUGCUCCCAAACGGGAGCCCUCUCACAUUAGGAAGAUGAAAACAUCUGAAUUGCCACUCUUGGAGCACGUUUUUGCUGAAGGGCUUUAUUUCACUUUGGCGGAUGUAGUUCUCUUUCCAUGCAUCCAUCUUUUUUUUGGCUUCGGCAAGAAACACCAAGAGAACAUGUUAAGGUUGCCUUUAAUAUCCAGUUGGUACCAGAGAGUUCAGGAAGUACCCGGAAUAAAGCGAGCAGCUAUCAAAUGUAAUAUGCAGUUUUUCCAGUAUCUGGGCCCAUUCUCUUUACCAGAAGAACAUCUGCAAAGUAUCUACACAGCUGAUGACCCAGAAGAAGAGCAUGAAGACACUCUGUUUACAGGUGGACCAAGGCCAACCAUGACAAAAUUAAUGAAAAGUGGAAUUGAAGCGACAUUUUCCCUUCAUCCUUGCCCUAGCUGGGCCGUAGAUUGGGACACUCUCCCAGCGGCAGUUAACCCAAGAGAAGGAAAGAUGUCCAGCGAUCGUGCUUUUAGGAAACAGCAACAGCUCAACAAUAUGGUAGCUUUAGUGACAAAGCUGGCUAAGCCUGGAGAUAAGAUUGUGGAUUUUUGCAGUGGUGGGGGCCAUGUUGGAAUUGUUCUUGCUUACAUACUUCCAUCAUGUCAGAUAGCAUUGGUAGAAAAUAAAGAGUUGUCAUUGAUACGUGCUAAAGAAAGAAGUGAUGUGCUAGGAUUAAACAACAUUUGGUUCAUCCAAGCAAAUAUGGACUAUUUUAAAGGAACUUUUAAUAUUGGGGUAGCAUUGCAUGCUUGUGGAGUGGCAACAGACAUGGUGAUUGAACGCUGUAUCAAAGUUCAUGCAGCUUUUGUUAUCUCUCCAUGCUGUUAUGGCUUCAUUCAGAACACAACCAAGUUUGGAUUUCCACAAAGCCAUCAGUUCAAGGAAGUGUUAUCCUAUAAGGAGCACAUGGUUCUCUGCAGAUUUGCUGAUCAGACAGCUGUCCAGCUUCCUCCUGAACGCAGGCAAAUAGGUAAACAUUGUAUGGGACUGGUGGAUCUGGAUCGGGCUUGGGGCGUGGAAAGAAGCAACUACUCUGCCCAAGUGAUAUCCAUGGAACCAGAGGCAUGUUCCCCAAAGAACAACUUGAUAGUGGGUGUCCCAAUUUAGUUUAAAGGGUUUUCUGAUCAGUUUGAACUAAGAAUCACUCCUUAUGAUCAACGUCCAGCAACAUUUUGGAGACUCAAACUGCAUCUGGGAAGCAGACAGUGCACAUCUUGAAUCCAUUGUCUCCAAAACAAAAAAAAGGAAACAGAGAGGAAAGGGCUUGGUAUUAGGGCUGCCUGCAAAGCUUCCUAAAUCCUCCUUGAAAUGUGUGAUUAAAUGACAGCUGGUUCUCAGAGCAGAAAUAUCCCAGAAUGCUCAUUUGCCCUCACAUUAAUAGAAACCAAUAAUGUGUUUUUUUAAAAAGCUUCAUUGCUGGAAAGGUGAUUUCCUUUUCUCUGAAAUCUAGAUCUUGCAUGUUGGAAAACAUUCUGCAAAUGUUUUUGCUCUCACAGACUUUGACAAUACUAACAAGAACAUCCAACUACAGAAUCAACCAUCAGUGUUUAUCAUUUUUAAAAUCUAGACACAAGCUUGUUCUGCAACCAUUUACCUUUUAUUUCUUGAAAAAGACUAAAUCUUUGUAGAUUUUUUC